AUGUCAGUUUUAUCACAAUCUACCAGAACUACUCUGGCUAGACACGCCCUAAAGAGCGCUAGAUUCCAAUUCAUCGCUCAACGUUAUUACAGCAAUGCUGAAAAGACUUUAAAGGAAAGAUUUGCAGAAAUUUUCCCUGCCAAGGCAGAAGAGAUUAAGAAAUUGAAAAAAGAACAUGGACAAACCGUUAUCGAUCAAGUUAAAUUAGAACAAGCCUUUGGUGGUAUGCGUGGUAUCAAGGGUCUUGUUUGGGAGGGAUCCGUUUUGGACCCUGAAGAAGGUAUUAGAUUUAGAGGCCGUACCAUUCCUGAAAUUCAAAAACAACUACCAAAGGCAGCUGGUGGUGAUGAACCAUUACCAGAAGCUCUUUUCUGGUUAUUGUUAACCGGUGAGGUUCCAAGCGAAUCUCAGGUUAAGGCAUUUUCUGCUGAUUUGGCCUCUAGAUCGGAAUUGCCUAAGCACGUGGUUGAAUUGUUGGACAAUUUGCCAAAGGAUUUGCACCCAAUGGCUCAGUUUUCCAUCGGUAUUACCGCUUUGGAAUCCGAGUCUAAAUUCGCCAAGGCUUAUGCCCAAGGUGUUGCAAAGAAAGAUUACUGGAACUACGCCUUUGAAGAUUCUUUGGAUCUAUUGGGUAAGUUGCCAGUUAUCGCUGCAAAGAUUUACCGUAACGUUUUUAAGGAUGGUAAACUAGCGGCUAUCGAUCCAAACGCCGACUAUGGUUCAAAUUUGGCCAGUCUGUUGGGUUUUGAAAAUGGUCAAUUUGUUGAAUUGAUGAGAUUAUAUUUGACUGUCCACUCUGAUCACGAAGGUGGUAACGUUUCCGCUCACACCACUCACCUUGUUGGUUCAGCUCUAUCUUCUCCAUAUCUAUCCCUAGCUGCCGGUUUAAACGGUCUAGCUGGUCCAUUGCACGGUCGUGCUAAUCAAGAAGUGUUGGAAUGGUUAUUCAAAUUGAGAGAAGAAGUUAAAGGUGAUUACUCUCCUGAAGUCAUUGAAAAAUACUUGUGGGAUACCUUGAACUCUGGUCGUGUUGUUCCAGGUUACGGUCAUGCAGUUUUGAGAAAGACUGAUCCUCGUUACACCGCCCAAAGAGAGUUUGCUCUAAAGCAUUUCCCAGACUAUGAAUUGUUUAGAUUGGUUUCUACCAUCUAUCAAGUCGCACCAGACGUCUUGACCAAACAUGGUAAGACUAAGAACCCAUGGCCAAAUGUUGAUUCUCAUUCUGGUGUUCUAUUGCAAUACUAUGGUUUGAGUGAAGCUUCAUUCUACACUGUUCUUUUCGGUGUUGCAAGAGCAUUCGGUGUUUUGCCACAAUUGAUCAUUGACAGAGCAAUUGGUGCUCCAAUUGAAAGACCAAAGUCUCUAUCUACUGAAAAGUUUAUUAACUUGGUCAAGAGCAUCGAAAACAAGAACUAA